UUGUGGCGUUCAUUGUCGGAACAGCCAGAGCGCACCGAAAGACUUUGUAUCGAUUUAUGAGGCGCUUUGAUUUUAAUAGUUUGAUUUUAAAUGAGUGAUAAAAGCGAGAGUAAUGAUGAUAAAAGCAGAAAUCGCAGCGUGGUGUAUGUGUACAGUCCGGAGUACAUCCAAACAUGCGACUCACUGUCUAAAGUGCCAAACCGGGCGAGUAUGGUGCAUUCAUUGAUUGAGGCGUAUGGUUUAUUAAAAUACAUGAGGGUGGUGAAGCCACAUGUGGCUUCAAUAGAGGAGAUGGCCGUGUUUCACACAGACUCUUACUUACAGCACCUGCACAAGAUCAGCCAGGAUGGGGACAAUGAUGAUCCUCAGUCUGUUGACUUUGGGCUGGGUUAUGACUGUCCGGUGGUGGAGGGUAUUUUUGAUUACGCCGCUGCCGUUGGAGGAGCCACUCUGACUGCUGCCCAGAAUCUGCUGGAUGGAAAGUGUGAUGUGGCCAUCAACUGGGCCGGAGGGUGGCAUCACGCCAAGAAGGACGAGGCAUCUGGGUUCUGUUAUGUGAAUGACGCUGUUCUUGGAAUCCUCAAACUGCGCGAGAAGUAUGAGAGAGUUCUCUAUGUGGAUGUGGACCUUCACCAUGGAGAUGGUGUGGAGGACGCUUUCAGCUUCACCUCUAAAGUCAUGACAGUGUCUCUGCACAAGUUCUCCCCUGGCUUCUUCCCAGGCACAGGUGAUGUAACUGACACUGGGCUGGGUAAAGGACGCUGGUACGCUGUUAACGUCCCCCUCGAGGAUGGCAUCCGUGAUGAUCGGUACUGCCAGACCUUCAAUAGUGUGAUGCAGGAAGUCAAAGCUCUGUUUAACCCUGAAGCAGUUGUGAUGCAACUUGGAGCGGACACCAUGGCGGGUGACCCCAUGUGCUCCUUCAAUAUGACUCCCAUUGGAGUUGGAAAAUGUCUGAACUAUAUACAGGACUGGGAGUUACCCACUCUGCUUCUAGGAGGAGGCGGCUAUAACCUUGCCAAUACUGCCCGCUGCUGGACCUAUCUGACGGGGACCGUCCUAGGACAGACUCUGUCUUCUGAGAUCCCGGACCACGAGUACUUCACCGAAUACGGCCCGGAUUAUUCCCUGGAGAUCAGCCCGAGCUGCCGACCCGACCGCAACGAGAGCCAGCAUCUGGAGCGGGUCAUCAGCACCAUCAAAGGGAAUCUGAAGAAUGUAGUUUAGCAGUGGGCUCCCAGCUCAUGUUUCCAAAUCAGGCCGUGCUCCUCUAAUGAAGACAGUAUGUCGGAGCCAUCGCCAGAGGGGAGCUUGGAAAACAUUACUUGAAUGUUUCCAGGGAACAUUU